AUGGAAAAGCUUGUAAAAAGCUCGCAUCCUUCUUCCCUUGCUGCUGUCUUCCCUUGGGAUGGCAUUGGAGAGACAAGAAGAGUCGCCUACCAUGGCAAAUGGCGGCUGCCACGAUUUGGAGCCGCUGCCAUUCAUCGGCGGCCAUGCGUCGACAGAGACCUGCUCUACGCCGACAAGGCACUCGCCGCCAUUGAGCAGUCAGCCAAACAGAUGCGCAAGAAGCUGCGGCAGCAAGCCAAGACGAUCAAGGACCUGAUCACGAGCAAUGGAGGACAGCCGGUAGUGACAGGCUCGUUGAGUGAGGAGAUUGAGGUCAAUGUGGGCGGCGGGACGGUGCUGUGUGUGCCUCGCAAGCCGCUGCUGCUGCCCGGCGUGAGCGACUCGUUCGUCGCCUAUCUGCUGCUGCACCAUCUGGAUGGGCUCCCCAAGGACACAGAGGGCCGGCCGUUCCUGGAUGCUGACCCGAUCUAUAUCGACUGGUUAGCCAGUAGACACACAGAGGGGAGGGAGGGCUCACGCGCAAUGCUGUCUGUUGUGUUCCUUGUGUCAGGCUGUUUGACGAGAUUGCCAACGUCGGUGCUGCUGAUGCCCAGGGCGAGACGAAGGAGAUCGUCUUCGAGCCAGGACCCGACGACCCCUUCUACCAUGACCUCUUCUUCGACAACAAGAUCUCAUCGCAGCAGCAGCAGCAGAAGGAUGCGUCAGCUCACGAUCUCGGAGAGAAGAAGGACGCUGCCGGUGGGGCCAAGAAGGCCGCUGCUGUCGAUGACCCCCUGAGCGACCUGCACACAAAUGUCAAGAACCUCGAGACGGCGGUGGAUCGGCUGUGGUCGGCAGAGCUGGAGCUGACCAAGUUCCAUGCUGUGAUGGGACCGUUCCUCAAGUCGGGGGGCGGCGGGGCCGAUGAGAUCAAGAGCGUGCGCGUGAUGGGCAAGAGGGUGUCGACCACCGAGGCCACCUUGGCCUUCAUCGGGCGGGACAAACCGCUGGGCACGGCAUUCGACAGGUGCGAAGAGCACACGCACGCGGCAAGGCACAAAACCCUCCCCUUCUCUCUGUUCCCUGUAGGAGUAUGACGCUUUCGUGCAUCUCGACUGCCCACUUCUCCAAGAUCGUCGACUUCGCCCGAAGACAGCGCAUUGCUCCCCGAGGGUCCCGUGUGCGAGCGCCCACCGCCCCGCCCAGCAAUCAGCACCAGCUGCAAGUCGAUCUGCAGAUGUACGGCCUGCAGACGGCGG